UAAUUUUUUAUUAUACAAUUAAUUCUAUUACAAUUAAUUAAAUUGUAUAUAAUUAUUUUUAUAAUCAUCCCGAUCGUAAUAAUCGUGAUAGCUGACAGCACUCGCGCGAUAGACGCCGAAAAAGCGUUUAGACAUCGCGAUUGCUUCGGAGUCCCAGCUGAGUUAGAAGAGAAGAGGAAAUAAGAACGGAAAGACACUUUGUCGGCACGGGACGUCUCACGGAUAGAUGGAGCGCGAUGUGUGUGUGUGUGUGUGUGUUUGUGUGUGUCGGGUUCGGAAUCGCAACACAGGCCUGGCUGUGGACUGGGAAACGGUUGACCAAAGAAAGCGAUUGUUUAAAAACAAGAGACAAUCGCGUAGUCCAUGCUCAGAGACUCAGAGGAGUCAGAGAUCAGAUCGUCAGAUCAAAUUCUCUUCACAAAUCAGUGUACUGACGACCGUCGCACAGUGUAGACCUGCCGAAUUCAUGAAAGUGGAAGGCAAAAGAACUCGCAGACCUAGGAGUGACGGCUGCAUUACAUGCGUGCCAGAGACGGCACCGCUUCCAUAUAAAAAGAUUGGAUUGCGAUCGGAGCAUAAAAGGACGACGGCAGCGACGGCGCCGCUACCAGCGGAUGAAAGGACGAUAGCGACGGCGCCGCUACCAAUGGAUGAAAGGACAAAAGCGACGGCGCCGCUCCCGGUCCACGAGAAGAUAGCGACAGCGACGCCGCCGCUACCAAUGGAUGAAAGGAUGAUAACGACGGCGCCGCUCCCGGUCCACGAGAGGAUAGCGACAGUGACGGCGCCGCUACCAGUGGAUGAAAGUACGAUAGCGACGCCGCCGCUACCAGUGUAUGAGAGAACGGUGGCAGCAACGGCGUCGCUACCAGCGGAUGAAAGGAUGAUAGCGACGGCGCCGCUACCAGUGCACGAAAGGACGAUAGCGACGGCGCCGCUACCAGUGUAUGAGAGAACGGUGGCAGCAACGGCGUCGCUACCAGCGGACGAAAGGAUGAUAGCGACGGCGCCGCUACCAGUGCACGAAAGGACGAUAGCGACGGCGCCGCUACCAGUGUAUGAGAGGACGGUGGCAGCAACGGCGUCGCUACCAGCGGACGAAAGGAUGAUAGCGACGGCGCCGCUACCAGUGCACGAAAGGCCGAUAGCGACGGCGUCGCUGCCGGUGUACGAGAGGAUGGUGGCAGCGACGGCGCCACUACCAGCGCAUGAAAGGACGACAGCGACGGCGCCGCUACCAGCGCAUGAAAGGAUAUACGAGAGAUCAACAGCGACGGCGCCGCUAUUGACACAAGAGACGACGACAGCGACGGCACAUUAUAUGGCACAGGCUACUACUUGGAAGGGUCGAGACGGAAUUAACAAGAAAAUAACUCAAACGGUGCAUCGUCUAAUUCAAAAAGAAAAAAAAAAAUUAAGGAAGUACGCAUUGGAUCCACCGGCACCACCAGCGAGAAUGAUCGCAACCCCUCCUGUGCAAGGCUACGUCCCGGCACCGCCCGCGAUGCAAGCAUACGUCCCGGCAUCGCCCGCGAUGCAAGGAUACGUCCCGGCAUCGCCCGCGAUGCAAGGAUACGUCCCGGCAUCGCCCGCGAUGCAAGGAUACGUCCCGGCAUCGCCCGCGAUGCAAGGAUACGUCCCGGCAUCGCCCGCGAUGCAAGGAUACGUCCCGGCAUCGCCCGCGAUGCAAGGAUACGUCCCGGCAUCGCCCGCGAUGCAAGGAUACGUCCCGGCAUCGCCCGCGAUGCAAGGAUACGUCCCGGCAUCGCCCGCGAUGCAAGGAUACGUUCCGGCAGCACCCGCGAUGCAAGGAUACGUUCCGCGGUACUAUUAGUGUCACACACACACACACAAACGCACGCACACACACACACACACACACACACACACACACGCACGCACGCACACACACAUCAUGAACAGACAGGUACUCGCGCGCAUGCCCCCCUUCUCUCUCUCUCUCUCUCUCUCUCUCUCUCUCUCUCUCUCUCUCUCUCUCUCUCUCUCUCUCUCUAAUGCGCGCGCGCACACACACACACACACACACACACGCGCGCGCGCGCGCGCACACACACACACACACACCCCCGAUGAGAUACGCGGUAAAAUUUAGAUAAAGUUUGUUAAUAACAGUAAGAAUAACAGUUAAAAGAUUUUAAUUGUUCAAAAGUAUUGCAAAUUCUAUUUGUGUUUUUAUUAAAAGAGAAUUUCUGUUUUUGGUUAAAUAUGUUUAAAUAUUAUAUACAAUAAAUAUGUAUACAUUCUAAGUAUGUAUAAUAAAAAUGCAGGUUAAUAAAAACUAUAUUAAAUAGAACUAAUAAAUUUUUUUAUUCAAUAUACACGCAUGUAGUUAUAUAUCAUCUCAGAAAUUUUGCAUUUCCCACUCCUUCGCCUUAUCUCUCCCUUUCUCUUUUUCUCCUUCCUUCUCUUUCCCCCUGCCCUUAUAUCUCCCUUUUCCUCUUUCUCCUUCCUUCUCCCACUCCCACUCCCAGAGAGAGAGAGAGAGAGAGAGAGAAUUGCAACAAUUAUAUAAAUAGAUAGAAAAGAAAUAAAAAUAUUGUAACGAUGUUAAGAAUAAAUAGUACAUACUGUGCAAAAGUAAACAGACUAAAUAAAUCGAAUUUUUUAUAAAAUCUGAUUGCUAUAUGGGAUCAUGAUACAAUAUUAUUUUAAAUGUAACAUACUAUAUAAGUAUUAUAUUCGUAAAUUGUCCUAUAUAGAAAUUAUUAUAAAAAAGGAAGUAUGUUGUUUUGUUGAAAUAGAAAAUAUAAAAUAAUAAUAUAUCUGUAUCCACUCAUCUUUCCUGUUUUAACAAAACAACAUUCUUAUUUUUUCAAGAGUUGGAUACAAAUAUGAUUUUAUAUCAAUAUCCAACUCUCAUCUUGCCCGUUUCAACAAAACAACAUACUUUAUUAUUUUUAAAAAAUAAUUUUUAUAUAGGACUAUUUACGAAUAUAAUAUUUAGGAUGUUACAUCUAUAAUAAUGAUAAGGAGAUACAUAAAAAACAAGGGGAUAAGGUUGGCAAUGAUGGAAAAUGUAUAGAAUCGAUAAAUUUAUUUAUGAAAUAGACAACACUGUGAUGCAUUCAG